UACAUGGAAAAUGAAUCAGUCAAAUGAAUUGAUUUCUGUGGAUUCUUGGUUGCCUAUUCCCAACCAUAAUAUUCAUCGACUUGUGCGUACAUUGUUUGACUGGAAAAAGAAGAAGAAGAAGCAAAUUGUUCUUACGCAUAGAUGUACGUUCGUGCUCAGAAAAAAACAUACUUGCGAUCUGCUUGUCUGGGUGUAUCAGAAACUUGUCGUUCUUUUGGGUUCGGUUUGAUUGAGAAACGCUCCUUUCGUUUACCGGUCUCUCACUGUCACUAGACGAGUUUGACUCACCAGAAUGCCAGCGAGUUGACAAGGAAUUACUCUUGUUGAUGAAGAGACCAUUCCCUUAAAUGGGAGGUCAAGGCUCUAAGAUUGGUACAUGUUGUUGGGAUCCAUCACGCAAGACUACUCUUCCUCCUGAAGCUCCCCAUGUUGUUACAGAAAACGAAGAGAACUGUGAGGAAACAGAUGUGCUGUCUUUCCGUGAAUACACACUAGAACAGCUAAAGAUCGCCACCUCUGGUUUCGCUUUGGAGAAUGUUGUAUCUGGAGAUGGAGAUACGCCUCCAAACCUUGUCUACAAAGGCAAGUUGGAGAAUCAUCAGAAGAUUGCUAUCAAGCGCUUUUCUCGAUUUGCCUGGCCUGAUCCACGCCAAUUCCUUGAAGAAGCAAGAUCGAUUGGUCAUCUACGCAGCAAUAGAAUGGCUACUUUACUCGGUUGCUGCUGUGAAGGCGGCGAGAGAUUACUCGUGGCUGAGUUUAUGCCUAAUGAGACACUAGCCAAACACCUUUUCCACUGGGAAACACAACCGAUGAGAUGGGAGAUGCGACUACGGGUUGUUUUACACCUUGCAGAAGCUCUUGAAUAUUGUUGUAACAGAGGACGCACUCUGUAUCAUGACCUCAAUGCUUACAGAGUUUUAUUUGACCAGGAAUGUAAUCCAAGACUUUCAACAUUCGGCUUGAUGAAGAAUAGCAUGGAUGGGAACAGUUACAGCACACAUCUUGCUUUUGCCCCUCCCGAGUAUCUACGAACUGGGAGAAUCACAUCAGAGAGUGUGAUUUACAGCUUUGGUAUUCUUUUGAUUGAUAUUUUCACUGGAAAGCAUAUUCCUCCUAGCCAUGCCCUUGAGUUGAUUCGGGACAGAAAUCUACAGAAGCUAGCCGAUUCUUGUUUGAAGGGACAAAUUUCCGAUAUCGAUGGAGCUGAGUUAGUACGCCUGGCAUCUCGCUGUCUUCAGUAUGAAGCUCGUGGGAGACCAAACAUAAAAUAUUUGAUAACUGCACUGACAACUCUCCAGAAAGAUAAAGAUGCAGAGGUCCCGUCUCAUGUCCUAAUGGGUCGUGGUGCUUCUGUGUCACCUUUAUCUCCUUUUGGCGAGGCUUGUAUGCGAAAGGACCUGAACACUAUGCUUGAGAUGUUGGAUAAAAUUGGAUACAAAGAUGAUGAAUCGGUAUCGUUUCGGUGGACGGAGCAGAUGCAAGAAGCUGUGGAGUGGAAGAAGAAAGGCGAUGUUGCAUUUAGACAGAAAGACUUAAAAGAAGCCAUUGAGUGUUACACUCAGUUUCUUGACUUGGGAAUGAUCUCUGCAACAGUCUAUGUACGACGCAGUGUAAGUUACCUAAUGAUGAGUAACAUGGCGAAAGAAGCUUUAGAGGAUGCAAUGAAAGCACAAGGCAUUUCUCCAGUAUGGUACGCUGCAUUGUAUCUCCAGUCUGCUGCUCUUGAUGCCUUGGGAAUGGAGAAGGAAAGCAAGAUAGCACUUAUGGAAGGAUCGGAACUUGAAGCCAGAAAGAUAUCAGCUUCCACACUCUGACCUGAAUACUAUUCUUUUUUACGAUUGAUAUCUUGCAAGGGGAAAAAAGCUGAAGGGUAAUCUUCGUUCAGUUGGUACAUAAAGAGAGAGUUCAGAAUGUUAGAACAUUUGUAGUAUAAACGCUAAACUCCUCUUCAUGGUAGAGUAGAAGGCUAAUCCAUUGGUGUCAGGUUGGGAUUAAACAAACAACAUUAAACAAACAAUAAAUGUUGUAGCUGAAAUAGUUGGGCCUAAUUGGGGUCCAUGUAAGCCUUUUACGGCCUAGUAACCAAAGAUAAUAAAAUGAGUUUCUUUUUUUUAUUUGUUUUUGUUUGCGAGACAUUUCAUCACAUCUUCUCUUCUUCUUCUUCUAGUUGUUCGGGAUGAAUCCGCAGGUGGACAAGGUGGUGAGAAGAACGACGAUGGUGGCCACUGCUGUUGCGUCUUACUUACUCCUCACUGCUGAUUACGGCCCCGAGCCUAACGCUCUUGAUCCUAUCAAACAGAGAAUAGUGUCAGCUCAAGAUUCUGUCAAGGACUUCUUCUUUCCUUCUUCAAAGCACAAGUAACAAGCCACAAAGCAAAUAUGUUUGCUGAACACCCACUUUCAUCAGUCUUUUGUUCAUUUGUCUCAGUUUCUCUCUCUAGCGCUUUCAUAGUGUCUCCACUCUACUCUUUAGACUAUAAGACAUAAUGUUCAUAAUAACAGCUCAAGUCAUAUGUUGAUUAA